CCCGACUGUGUUCACUCUGUUACAAUUGAUUCGCCCAAGAGCAAAGUUUUGUACGGGGAGUCUGAUCGCGCGUAAGGAAUUAUAAUUGUUUCCAGUUUUUUUUUUUAAAAGCAGAGGCAAGAACAGAAGUCUCUCGGCCCUAGCAACCGGGGGCCACCGCGGCGCUCACUCACCAUGCCAGCCGUAUUAAUCCGCACCAUCAAGAUCGUAACUCGCACGAUACAGGCCCGUCAAACAGUCCAUUCAUUCCCGCCGUUCCAUGAUCAUCCGGACGAUGACGACGACGACGACCUCGACGUCGACAAGGACGACAUCUUCCCCUUCGACCGGGACGAGCUGCACGACGGCGACGAGCACCUCUCGGAGGGCACCGUCGCCGCCAUCGUCGUCUCGUUAGUCGUCUUCUUCAUCGUCGUCGGCGGCCUGCUCGCCUACCUGCGCCACCGCCGACGACGGAAGGGCAAGGAGACCGAGGUUGCCAUGAAGGAGGCGAGCGCGGCGUCCGCCACGGCGGCCGCAUCCGCCUCUGUUGCGGCGCCGCCGGGUGCCCUAGACCCGCCGCCGCCGUACGACGAGGUCCACGGCGACUCGGCGCCCCAGCCGGUGGGGGAGCUCCCCGCCUCGGAGCCUCGGAGCGCUGCCAAUCUUGGCGUGGGGGCGGCAGCCGUGGGGUUGGCUAGGCGGGAGGAGGAGGAGGAGGAGGGGGGAGGGGAGGGCGAGGACGAGGACGACGCGGAUGCGAUCGGAUCGCAUGCCACCAUCACGGACGGGCUAGCCCCAGGGAGGCACGCCGAUGCGGGUCGUCCGGGAGAGGGAGGUAGUACGGCGGUGGUGAUGCCGGGAAAGGAUCCCGAGGUGAAGAUGAAAGAGGUAACAGGGAAGAGUUGAUGGGGAAGAGGGGUUGCUGGCUUUGGGGGGGUGUGAGCAAAGAGGAUUAUUCAUGACUAAUUAAAAACCAAAAAAAAAAAAAAAAAAAAAAAAAACGGGACAAUUAAUAGAAACUAAUUAGACGGGCUGUAGGGGGCCAUGAAGAAAUGGGU